AUGGGCAAGCGCAAGGACAAGAGGAAGAAGAAGGGCGGCGGCGUCGAUCAGCUGGCCGCGGAGGAUCGGGAGCGUCGCGCCGAGCUGAGCCAGGAGCUCGGCCUGGCGGACAAGAACGCGCGCAGACUGCGCCAGUCGUGGCGCGAAAAGCUCACCAGGUCGCAGCUGCCCUUAAUCAAGGAGGACGUGCGCAUCGCUUGGCACGCCUUCGAGCACGAGCUCGACAAUCGAGAUUACAGCAUCAGCAUACUGCUCGACUGCCAGAAGGAGACGGCGGGCCGCAAGCACAAGAGCGACUCGCUGCACGCCCAGCAGAUCGACCAGCUGAUCGAGCUCUAUCGGCGCAAGCUGCUGCUCGGCCAGGAGGACGAGUACCGCAGGCACGUGCAGCUCAGCCUCGGCCACGAGCAGGACUUUUACGAGGCCGCCGCCGAGGCUGGCGAGCGCGGCCAGGAGCAUCUGCGCGUCAGCCUGUUCGGCAGCCAGGAGGAGAGCGAGCGCCAGCUCGAGCUUCUGCACUCGCGCACCCAAUCGAGACUGGACACGCUGAUCGAGAGCAACGAGCUGGUGCGCAAGGCCAAUCGCGAGACUCUGCGCGGGCACUCGCUCGAGUACAAGCUGCAGCUGACCAAGGCCCUGCAGGAUUACGAAUCGGAGACGGCCGACAAGCGCAAGGACUACGACAAGGCCAACGCCAAGGACGAGAAGUUCCGGGCGAGCAUCGGCCAGCAGGCGCAGCGCCUCGGGCAGCUCCAGCUGCGGAUACAGCGGCUGAGGCGCGACUGCCAAGAGUCCAGGGCCCGGGCCGAGGUGCUGCUGCGCGAUCAUCGCUUCGAGUGCGACUACUUUCAGGCGGCCUACACGGCCAUACAGAGUCGGCUGAUCUCCGAGCAAAAGUUCGACAAGUGUCAAUUGACGCGCAAUACCAUGGCCUUCGACGAAGCCGUUCACAGACUGAACGACCAUUACUCGAAGAUCGAGCGCAUUUUGACGGUGAUCGAGCUCUGUCGCAAGUACCAGACCAUCGGCGAUUGUCAGCUCAUCUAUCCGCUGUCGUCGUCGUCGUCGCGACCCAUCAGGGAGAGAGACGAGACCUACUUGGAUACCGAGAACGCGGCCGAUUCGUUCAUCGAUUACCUGAAGAGGACCGAGCUUUUCUCGAGGAACGACAAUCUGUUCCGGUCGUUGCACAAGCUCGCCGGCCAGAUUCUCAUCGUCGAGAGGCAGAACGAUCGCUUCAGGGAGCAAGCUCGGCAGCUCGGUAGCGAGUUGCAACUGUGGAAGAAGAAGCUCAAAUUGUGCAUCGAAUUUUAUUCCGAGUCGACUCGAGACUCGCUCGACUUGCAGUCGAAAACCACAAAGUGCGCAUGUUGA